AUGGUGGCAAGAAGUAAUGCCACAGCAUGCAACGCAUGCAUCUUCCCAGUCUUGGCGGACGAGCAGAUUCAAGAUCGUGUGUCUGAGAGAGCUCAUGCAAUAACGCAUAGCACUGCUGCGUUGAUCCCGCACGCGGCGGUUGCCCCAGGUGUCACGGCGAAGAAGGGUCCUCCAAUAGCAGAGGAAGCAGCGCAGGGCGCUGUUACCAGCACUUCUGCAUUUUCCUUCCUGAAUUCAGAUAGUGGCAACGUCAGCAGCUCGUACAGCGCGCACCAUGGCAGUCCCAGUACAGCCCUUUGCGGCAGUGGCACGAGCACGAGCACCAGCACCUGCAGCAGUAGCCGCAGGGGUCUUAGCCAUGUGGUUGUGCUCGAACACGCAGACACCCCCUACAGAAUCCACCCAUUUGAAAAGCUCGCCUCAGAACCUGGUUCUGCUCCUGCGAGGGGCCAAAAGAGACGCUCCCGACGCUCCGAAUCUUCAGUGUCUCCGGGUGCCUCCCCUGUUGUCGAGAAAACAGGGAAGCCUUCCCUGUUUUCUCCCGCUGCUGCUUCAGCGAAGUCAAGCGCAGCGCUUCGUUGGAGCGAGGCUGGUACUUUCACGACUGGCGCGAGCGAGUUCGUUGACGCCUCAGAAGUACUGGCACCCGAGACGCACAAGAGGAAUUUGCAGGAGAUCGAAAACGCUCAGCACAUUAGUGCAGUAGUAAACGUCGCAGCAGGACUGCAAGGCGCUGCUGCGUCGCUUGUUCAGCAGCAGCAGAGUGGAGGCUUAUUCGGAACCUUUGCUAGUGGUAGCAGCAGCCUGGGAACGGCAGACAGCAGCAGCUUUAUGCCGCUGUUGUUGUUGGGGGGUGAGCAGCAGCAACAGCACCAGCAGCGUAUCCGUGUUGCGGACUUUGAACGUUUCUUCUCUUCUCUCUCCGACGAUCUCGCGCGUUUUGAACGCAACAGUUGCAGCAGCAAGAGCGGUAGCAAAGCGAUUAGCAACGCUACGUUUGAGUGCAGUCUCAGCAGUCCCGCCGUUGAUUUGCUCGUAGGGGGUAUCGGACUGCCUGCGCAGCCUCUCAUAGAGCAGCAGGAGGCGCAGCAUCACCAGAAGAAGCUUCUGCAGGACCGCCAGCAGUUGUUGCUAAAGCAGCUGUUGCAGGAGAUGCCCUCUGUGUUCUUCAGUGCCUCCUUUGAUGUCUCACAGCUCCUCUCCAUCGACUCUCACCAGCUCCCUAAGCAGCUUGCAAAGCUAUCGGACUGGCUGGAUAAGGUAGAAUCUGGACUGGUGCUUCUCUUUCCUCCGUUCUCCUUCUUCGAUUCCUCCAUUCGGAAUAUACACCGCAUGCAGCAGCAGGCACAGCGCCUGGUCACCUCGUGUCACGAGCUCAGAGAGGAGUUGCUGCAAGUCCGCUCACGCGGCGUUGAGUUGGGCUUGCAGGUUCUUUCGCUUUCCAAACAGCGCCAGCGACAAUGUGUGCUGUACCGACAACUGGAGUCUCUGCAGUCUUUAGGGGCUCUCUGUUCCUCGAUUCCGUUGCUCCUGCAACUGCGGGAUUGGCGGACUGCUGCCUUGCUGCUGCACAGUGCGGAAGAGCUGCUGUCUCCUGAUCUGCUGCGGCUUACUGCCGUGCAGCAGCUAAAGGCACAGGUUAACGAGGAUCGACAGCGCCUCAAGACUGCGAGCCAGUCGGCGUUCGUCUCGGAGUCGCUACACUUCUUUUUUGCGCAGCAGCAAAGAGAGGGUCGCGAUUUCGUUGACGGAGAUCUCUUGGAACGCACACUUAUCACCACCAAGCCGUGUCACCAUCUCCCUGAUGCCACGACUGGAAGACCUGCAGGCGCAGGCAGUUGGUUCUGGACGCAGUGUACACUGUUGCCUGGAAUCUUAGAAGGGCGAGCUCUUUAUGACCCUUCUUCCAAUCGCUGGCUGUUGAGGCUUCCUUCUACUGCAGUGGCGGCUGCAGCUGCUGCCGCAGGGAACUCUGCCGUUGAGGAGAAAACGGGGGCUGAUUCAAUGGCGGCUCACGAGUCCUUUGGAGGAGCACGAAUUUCGGAGAAAAGCAGCGGCACAUGGGUAUCAACUUCGUCCUCGUUCGCUGCUGCCUUGUUUAACCAAGCGGCACUUCAGAUUUACGGGCAGUACGCCGAGGGAUGGGCAUCAGCCUGCAGGCUCGACGAGGAGCAGCAGGAGCUCCCGCAGCAGCGGGGAGGGGAAAAUGCGGGCUUUGCAUGGGAAGAGAGAAUCUGCGCGGAGAUCGGAGCGGAGUCCAGCCUGAGUGCUGCCCUCGAGAUUCUGUUGCCCUUUGGGCUGCUGCAGCGGUCCCUGCUGCAACUGCGCCAGCGGCUUCCGUCGUUUUGCCGAGACUUCAUGAGACGCACCAUAGUCUUGCUCUUAAGCAAAAGGGGAGCGCUGCAACAGCCGCUGGAAUGUAAACACAAAGACGUGCAGCAGGAUUUGCAGCGGGAUCUGCAGCAACAAAACAAGCUCGAUGGCAGUCCGGCUGGAGCAGAUUCGAAAGGGCAACUAACCGCGUCUCCCACCGCUGUAGCGCCAUCCGACGAUGUAGUAGCGGCCACACCACAGGCAGGGGUAAAGGCCAAAUCUGGAGCCUCGGAGGAUUUAAAUACACAGCCAGACCUCAUGGACGGAAGGCAAGAAGCCUUCACACCCUCGGAAAAAGCGCAGGCGCCUGACCACAGGCCAGAGGGGCAGCAGCAGAAGCAGCGCCUCCGUGCGGCUCAGUUGUCUGCUGCGUUAGCGGCUCUGAGCCACGGGGAGUUUUGUAGCGUCUUCCGAGAUGUCUGCAGCCACGUUCUUUCUGUCGCCUGCCGCUUGGAAACGUGGGUGUCCUUCGUGCUGCUUCGCUCCGCCGAGUUUGGCACUUACCGGCUGUCUCUUCAAGAGGGUCAACUGCGCCAGGACGAAGGAGAUGCUGCAGACACAGACGAUGCCGCUAAGCUGUUUCAGCGUGCAGACUCGCUCACACGCGACUGGCGAGUUGUUGCAGCAGCCCUCGUGCGUGUGGCGGAGGCUUUGGGGUGUCUUUACGCCGUGCAGCAGCGCCUGCGGACGCGCGUAGCACAAAUCUUGCUGCAGUCCCUCAACGUUACGGUUCUCCUCCUGCAGCAACAGCAACAGCAGCAGAACCAGUGCACUAUGACGGAUUCUGCCAGCAGCAUGAGCCACAGCAGCCAUGCGACUGGCAACGGAGCUGCCGUAGCUGCAGCCGCUGCAUCUUUACAUGGCCAGCAGCCGGUUUUUUUCGGGGAAUGCAGCGGCGUCCUGGAGGAAGCCCAUGCAGCGAGAAUCCUGCAGCUGGAUGUGCUUCUUCGCAAGGAAACGUGGGAGAAGCAGCCGCUGCAGCAAUCCCUUGCGGAACCCCUUGCAGAGCUUCUACGUUUUGCUUCGGUUCCAACACCUUCUGCAGAAGGAGCAGCCGCACAACAAGAAAAACAUAGAGCAGCAGAGAGCACCGAUAACGCGCAACAUCAUAAGGAAUUCCUACAGGGCACCACAGGAGACGUCCUGUCGGCUGCUGACACUCCGUCUCGGAUAUGCGCUGCCUCUAUCUCUAUUGGAGCCCAGGGAAUUCUUCUCGAAGGAGAAAACUUUGCUGCUACCCCGUCAGCUCUCGUUGCUCUCGCACUGGUCCGUGACUACCUCUCUCUUGCAGCUUGGCUGCCCUCCCUACAGUCUGCCGUUUUUUCUUCCCUCUCCAGCUUCCUCCUGCACUUUGCUCGGGUGUCUGUACACCUCACGGUGGAGGGCGGUGCGGUCCAGCAGGGGCGGUUACAACGCAUUACAGCAGGCGCGCUUGCGAGGGUGGCGCGAUCUUUUGACUGUAUCCUCUUUUUUGUUGACCGGCUUGCGGAAAAAGUCGAUCGGCAGCAGCGCGAGCAUCAGCAGCAGCAUCAGCAUCAGCAGCAGCCACAACAACAGCCUGAGAGUGAAGAGACGAGCAGGCCGCCGCAGAGACAGCUCCUCUCGGUUCUGCAUGUGACAAGUACUACGCAGCAGCCGGAUGUUCAGCGGGCAACGGCAGCAGAAGCGCAGCAACAACCUUGUCAUCAACACACAGAACUGAAAGACGCUGCCACGGCAUUCCUUCACCUCGUGCGAAGAGAAGAGCAACGCAGCGCGACCACAUUAUCAUCCGAUCCAUUACGUGCAGCACAAGCAGCGGCUGCGGCGGCUGCCGUGGCAGGAGAGGAACUAAAAGACGGAACGUGCCAUUUCAUCCCUCCACUGGCGCCUUUACAGGCGGUGCGUGCAGUGUCUAGACACCUCGGCCUCGUAACCUCCGGAGUUCAGAGUGGAACCGUCUUGCAGAGGCUGCAGCAAGCAGCGAAAGGCAUUGCACACAGCAAGUCAUUGGUAUUUGACAAGCUGGUGGCGAUCCUCGUGGACCGCUUUGAGUAUCAUGCAACGCUCUGGGUGUCAUCAUCACAUCCCCCAGUUCCAGAAGCGCCUACCGGCAGCACCGAUGGUGUCCAGCCGCAGAAGAAAGAGCUGCCUUUGCCGCACCAAGCGCUGCGCGAGCUGGUUAAAGACAUUUCUUCAAUGCACCGGGUUCUGGUGAAAGUGCUUCCUCUUGAGUGUACCAGCCGCCUCUUCGCCUUGGCCUUUCACGCGAUGGCGGAGGUGUUCUGUACGAAGCUGCAGCAGCAGCAAAAGCAAGGCUUUGCUGCCGCCGCUCCCGGUAAUGCCGCUCAGGACCAAGCCAAACGGGGUGGUGCACAGGUGGGCACGCCCUACUCGGCUGACGAAAAAGGCGUUUCAUGUGAUGCUGCUGCUUCCGCCGACGUGGGAGGGGCUGCUGCUGGAGGUAGGUUGUGGAGCCUAGGAGACAGGCUAUGUGUAGACUGCAUUUGCCUAUUUGAAAGCCUGAAGGGCCUUGGCUCUUUGGAAGGGCCUCUGUCUCUGUGGGUAAAAGAUUUGGCGAGUGCGUGCGCCAGAGUGGCGCCCCCGUCAAACGAUGUACAGGAACUCUUCGCCGCUGCUCUACCGCCUCACUGA